CAUAUAGCAACUUGAUUAUUCAGGAAGAUGUAUCUGUGACAGAGAAAAUUCCAUAUAACAAAGUUCAACCGAAUAAAUUAUGGUGCAAACAUUAAUCCACCUGUAAUGAAAUUUAUCCAGCAAAUAGUUCAUCCACAAUAAGACCACAAUAAAUUAAAGUGCAAGAGUAAAUCCACCUGUAAAAAAAAUCCAUCCAGCAGAUAGUUCAUCAAAAAUAAAGUAAGGUACAAAAAUUAAUCCACCUGUAAUGAAAGUUCAUCCAGCAAAUAGUCCAUCCACAAAAAGACCGCAAGGUCUAUUAGAGUUUGAAAAUAGAUGUAUGUACUCUCGAUUAUGUAACCAAAAUUCGUCUACCCACAGUAUUGGUACAAGUAAGGAGAUGAAUAUGCGUUCCACAGUAUUUCUGUAAUCCAGGUAUUUAGUAUCGUAUACCAAUACAAUUGGGUGUCACCUCACUAAAUAUUUCAAUGAAAAUAAAAACAGAAUGCAGUUAAAUUAAAGAAUCAUUCCCAUAGUCAUAUAGUCUCAAACAUGAAUUCUUUAUCCACAGGAUGUCAUAGGAGUCUCAUAGAUGCAGGUUCCAUUGGACUGUAAAUAUAUAAAGAGGGUAAAUGAAAUUUAUUUGUGAUGGCUCACCUAAUUGUUGUGCAUGGAAUGGGUGCCACCAACCAAUAUAGACACACCCAGUCUAUAAAGUAGAAAGUAAACGUAAAAUAUAAAAUGGUUGUGCACACCUCAUUUGGAAGGGUUCAUCCAGCGUAUUUUGUGUAUAAGAGGUUAAUAGAGAAGUCUCAUAUAGUGUAUUGAUAUAAAUAAUAAAUUAUUUUAUUGUACACCUAAUAGAAAAAGUAUAUGUAUAUAUAAAAAAAAAUAAAAAAUAAAAAAAUUGUAGACUACAGGGAAUAUCGGAGAUAUUCAUUAGCAGGGACUGUAGUAUAUUAGAACCUGAUGCCCUAGAAUAUUUUCCUGUUGGCGAUUACAGAUUUUUUGUUUCCUCUGAAAGUUUGUCUUAAUUAUACAUAUCUUAUUCCAUAUGUGGUGAAUUAGGUGAACAGUUUGAGUUAUAUGAAAGUUGAAGACAUAACAGAAGAUGAGACAUAUGCAGAUGUAACCCAUCUGUAUAAGGAGGAGGAGAUUCUUACAGAUAUCAGCACUGAUGACUGCACCAAAGAUGUUGUGGGAAAUUUCCUUUCAUCUCCAGAUUAUGAAGUGAAGUGUGACUUAAUCUCAGAGGACAAUCAUGGAGAACAUUCUACAACACUUUAUAUAACAACUGUACCCUUAGCCCUUUACAGCCGAGAUCUGUCUAUUGAUCCCACUAAUCACAAUGAACCUUCUUCUGGUCAAUCGCAGAUUGUUAAACAAAGUGCAGGAGGAAAAGUGGUUAAAAUAUAUCCGUGUUUUGAGUGUGGCAAACAUUUUAAAAGGAAAUCUAUUUUAUCGAUGCAUGAACGAAUUCAUAGAGAUGAGAGACCAUUUUCAUGUUUUGAAUGUGGGAGAAGCUUUAGAAAGAAAUCAAAUCUUUCUAAGCAUGAAAUAAUUCACAGAGAUGAGAGGCCAUUUUUAUGUUCAGAAUGCGGGAAAACUUUUCGCCAGAAAUCCGAUCUCAUUGUACAUCAAAAGAGACACACAGGGGAGAAACCAUAUUCAUGUUCCGAAUGUGGGAAAUGUUUUGCAAGGAAAUCCUAUCUUGUUGAACAUCAGAGAACUCACACAGGAGAGAAGCCAUUUUCAUGUCCAGAAUGUGGGAAAUGCUUUCGUCAUCGGUCUGCUGCUGUUAACCAUCAAGUAAUCCAUACAGGGGAAAAGCCAUUUUCAUGUUUGGAGUGUGGGAAAUGCUUUACUAGGAAAUCAUAUCUUAUUGAACAUCGUGUAACUCACAAAACAGAGAAGCCAUUUUCAUGUUCUGAGUGUGGGAAAUGCUUCACAAGGAAAUCAAGUCUUACUGAACACCAGAGGAUUCACACUGGAGAGAAGCCAUAUUCAUGUUCAGAUUGUAAAAAAUGUUUUAGCCUAAAGUCUGAUCUUGUAAAACAUCAGAUAAUUCAUACAGGGGAGAGGCCAUUUUCAUGUUCUGAGUGUGAAAAAUGGUUUAGCAGGAAAUCUGAUCUUGUCAAACAUGGAAGAUCCCACACGGGGGAGAAGCCUUUUUCGUGUUCAGAAUGUGAGAAAUGGUUUAGGCAUAAGUCGGAUCUUACCAAACAUCAGAGAACUCACACAGGAGAGAAGCCAUAUAUAUGCACAGAAUGUGGAAAAUGUUUUAGACUUAAGUCUGAUGUUGUUAAACAUCAGGUAAUCCAUACUGGGGAGAAGCCUUUUUCAUGUUCAGAAUGUGGGAAACGUUAUAACCAUAGGUCAACUCUUGCUCAGCAUAAGAAGCAAAGCCAUUUUAAUGUUCACAAUGUAGCAUAUGUUUUACCUCAGAUUUAGUAUGGAGAAUUAUAAAAAUUAUCAGAAUUCUAUUUUUAUUUUUGAUUAUGGCAUUUUUUGUGCACAAAAUAACUCAGAAUAUUUAUACGCUUGUCUCAGUGUUAUAUCCUUCAACAAAUUAAAAGGCACAAAGCUGAGCUUCCAGACAGAACCUGGCUUCUUAUGCAGCUCCAUAUACCAUAGCAAAAUGUAUAACGUCAGCUCACCACUCCAUUGCAUGACAAUCCCAGGUUGCACAAAUAGACCCGGAGUCCAGCCUUUCAAACAGUGGAACAAUGGAUCAAGUCCAGAUUUUUCAUGCCUUGAAAAUAAACUGAAAAGCUUUUAUAGGAGUCCUGUGUGACACCAGAUUUCUUCCAUUGUUUCAGUGCUCCAGACACUAUGGCACAAUCCACCAUGUCUGGAGGGAAUUCCAAGUCCUUAUCUCCUCUCUAGUCUAAAGUGUCCUGGAAGCCAUAAAAGUCCUGGAAACUUAACGUCUUCUCCAGGCCAACCGCAGAGCACAGUAGUCACUGCUGUUUCCUCCACAGAUCCCUCACCUAUGUCCUGCAUUGUGGACCUCCAAGUCUGGAUAAGAUAAUGGUGCCUCAUCAGAUCCUAUAUGGUUAUACUGAUGUUUGCAUGAUUCCAGAAUUGUUUCACAGUGGGAACAUUAAACAGGGUUUUCCUGUUCUCACACCCUUGUGAUGAAAAGCUUUGGGUGAUCUACGUCUGUCUAAUAGAAAAUAAAUCAAACAAAAAACAGAGUAUAAGUGGAGGGAAAAAAGCUGAUGGAAGGGAAGAGGAGGAGAUAGCAAGGAGAAGAGAAAAGAAAAAGAGGGAAG